CAGUCAAGGAUGAGGAAAUGGACUUCACUCAUGUGGAAGAAGAACAGCUGAAUUCUGCCCAAAGGUACAUGGGCAUGGAUAUGAAAGUGGAGAAUUGUGGGAGCCUGGUAUUUUGGGAUUCUGAAUCUAUACCUGAAACUAAAGAAUGCUUUCGGAAGCAGGGACUUUAUGAUGAAAUGUCAUCUGAAAGAGAUCUGAUAAUGGAGAGACUCAAGAAGGAUGAGUCCUGGGACUCCAGACUGAUAGAAACCUGGCAAUGUGCGGACACAUUAGAAAGGCAGCAAGGAAAUCCGAAGAAAGAUUUAAGGCAAAUCAUAAUUAAACGUAAGAAAAACCCCAUGGAGGAUUGUAGUGAAACCGGUGAAAGUUCAAGCCCAAUUCAACAUCACAUUUACCCAGUGAAAAAGCCUUGGAAGUGCAAUGAAUGUGGGAAGGCCUUCAGUUACUACUCAGCCUUCAUCCUUCAUCAGAGAAUUCAUACUGGAGAGAAGCCUUACGUGUGUAAUGAGUGUGGAAAGGCCUUCAGUCGGAGCUCAUCACUUAUUCAGCAUCAGAGGAUUCACACUGGAGAGAAACCGUAUGAGUGUAACGAAUGUGGGAAGGCCUUCAGUCAUCGGUCAGCUCUUAUCCAACAUCAUAUCAUUCACACUGGAGAAAAGCCCUAUGAGUGCAAUGAAUGUGGGAAGGCCUUCAACCAAAGCACAUACCUUAUUCAACAUCACAGAAUCCAUACCGGAGAGAAACCCUAUAAAUGCAAGGAAUGUGGGAAAGCUUUCAAUGAUACCUCAUCCCUUAUUAAACAUCAAAGGGUUCAUACUGGAGAAAAACCCUAUGGAUGUACAGAGUGUGGGAAAGCUUUCAGUGACAGGUCGGGCCUCACGCAACAUCAGAGAACUCAUACAGGGGAAAAGCCAUAUGAAUGCAGUGAAUGCGGGAAAGCCUUCAGUUACUGUUCAGCUCUUAUUCAACACCAAGGAACCCAUACUGGGGAGAAACCUUACAAAUGUAAUGAAUGUGGGAAAGCCUUCAGUGACCGCUCAGCUCUUGUAAGACAUCAGAGAAUUCAUACUGGAGAGAAACCUUACAAAUGCAAAGAAUGCAAGAAAGCCUUCAGCCAGAGCUCAUCUCUUACAAAGCACGUGAGAACUCAUACUGGAGAGAAACCGUAUAAAUGCAAUGAUUGUGACAAAGCCUUCAGCCAGAGUUCAUCUCUUAUUCAACACCAGAAAACCCACACGGGAGAAAAACACUACAAGUGUAAGAAAUGUGAGAAAACCUUUAACAUGCGUUCAGCCUUUCAUCAACACAAAGAAAUUCAUGAUGAAUAGAAUGCAGUAAAUUCACGAAGUAACUAUGUAGUCUCAGUGCACCCA